UGCUACCAUCGCGGUUGUAGUCGUAUAGAAAUGACUGGCAAAUGGUCGCAGACUGAAUCCUAACUGUUGUUUAGAAGAGACGAAUUACUUCAGGAUCCAGGGAGACUGUGUGUGAGACGGAACUGAAUUUAGAGAGGCAGUUACUUGGAUGUAUUUUUAUUCUUCAGAUCUUGGAGCCAUUAGAGUGAUAAGCCAUGGCUCCAAGACCAGAAGUGGGGACUGAUUCCUCCCCAACUCUCAACGACAACACUCCAGCUAAGGACAUCCUGCCAGCGUACUCCACUGUGGACCUGGUGAAUGAGGAUCCAGAUGCGGAAGAUCCCUGGAAUCUCCCAGAGCUCAAAGACACCGGGCUCAAGUGGUCAGAGCUGGAUACAAAAGGAAAGAUCAUGAGAGUCUUAACAGGUUUAAUGAAGCUGGUUGUGCUGCUUGGACUUCUCUACCUGUUUAUUUGCUCUCUGGAUGUUCUCAGUUCUGCUUUCCAGCUAGUUGGAGGCAAAGCUGCUGGUGACAUCUUCCAGGACAAUGUUGUGUUGUCCAACCCUGUGGCCGGGCUGGUGAUAGGGGUGUUAGUCACAGUUCUGGUCCAGAGCUCCAGCACUUCCUCCUCUAUCGUGGUCAGCAUGGUGUCCUCUGGAUUGCUGGAUGUCCAGUCCGCAGUGCCGAUCAUCAUGGGGGCCAACAUUGGAACAUCUGUCACCAACACUAUUGUGGCUAUGAUGCAGGCAGGAGAUCGCAAUGAAUUCCGCAGGGCAUUUGCUGGGGCUACAGUCCACGACUUCUUCAACUGGCUCUCAGUAUUGAUUCUUCUACCCUUGGAAGUGGCCACAGGUGUCCUGUACAAAAUCACCCACCUCAUAAUCGAAUCCUUCAAUAUCGAGAGUGGAGAGGACGCCCCCGACCUGCUCAACGUCAUCACAGACCCUCUCACCAACUCCAUUGUCCAGCUGGACAAAUCUGUGAUCACCGGCAUUGCCACAGGUGACCCAGCAGCCAGAAACAUGAGUCUGAUCAAAGUAUGGUGCAAAAAAGAGACCAACACGACUUUCUGGAAUGUGACAGUGGAGAACUGCACUACCGGUGCUGUCUGCUGGGAAGAAGGAAACCAGACCUGGACCCAGAUGAACACAACUUGGACUGAGUACCAAGAGAAAUGCAAACACCUCUUCGCCAGUGCUAAUUUGCCAGACCUGGCGGUGGGCCUCAUCCUCCUGGCUCUGUCUUUGCUCAUCCUCUGCACCUGCCUCAUCCUCAUUGUCAAGCUGCUCAACUCCAUGCUCAAAGGGCAGGUCGCUGUGGUCAUCAAGAAAGUGAUCAACACAGACUUCCCCUUCCCCUUCGCGUGGGUUACUGGCUAUAUUGCAAUUUUGGUGGGAGCAGGGAUGACCUUCAUUGUUCAGAGCAGUUCCGUUUUCACCUCAGCUUUAACUCCUCUUGUUGGUAUUGGUGUCAUUAGUCUUGAGAGAGUCUAUCCUCUGACCUUGGGGUCAAAUAUUGGUACAACAACCACUGCUAUACUUGCUGCUAUGGCUAGCCCUGGAGAAACACUAGCCAACUCCCUGCAGAUUGCACUUUGCCAUUUCUUCUUCAACAUCAUGGGUAUCUUACUGUGGUACCCAAUCCCUUUCUUGCGGUUGCCCAUCAGGUUGGCCAGAGGCCUGGGAAACCAUACAGCAAAAUACCGCUGGUUUGCCGCUCUCUACCUCUUCCUGUGCUUCUUGGUUCUCCCUCUGAUGGUAUUUGGCCUGUCGCUGGCUGGCUGGCAAGUCCUGGUUGGCGUCGGCGUGCCCAUCAUUGUGUUGGUCAUCUUUGUGAUCAUUGUCAACAUGAUGCAGUCUCGAUGCCCGCACUACCUGCCCAAGUUCCUCCACAACUGGGACUUUUUGCCCCGGCCCCUUCACUCCAUGGCGCCGUGGGACACUGUGGUGACCUCGACUUUUGGCUUCUGCGGCAAACACUGCUGCUGCUGCUGUAAAUGCUGCAACUGCUGCAACAAAGAUGAAGACGAGAAGAUCAGAAAGAGCAACAAGAAGAGUCUGGAGAUGUACGAUAACCCAGCCAUGUCAAGAGACGAGGAUACAAAGGAGGGUGUUAAAGCAACACACUUUUAAUAUUACUAAGUUCAAUAUGUAUCUCAAUGCAAUAAUGUAUUUUUAACACACUUGUAAUUGUUCAUCACUUCUCAGGUUGUGGUAUGUUGAUGAUUCCCUUGUACUGGAUGAUAUAUUAAGCACUAUUGUAAACACUGUCAAUCUACAUCAUGCUGGAGAAUAUGAAGAGAAGUGCUGAACAUAUUAUAAUGAAACUGCCGUUUCUGGGCAUGUGAUGUUUAUUUCUAUGAUGUUUUAAAUUUAUUGUUCAGACUCACUGUCUACUAUGACUUAACUAUGGGUGGCUCUGAAUGUUGUGACUUAAUUUAUAUUUUUUAUGAUAUGCGUGAGUGGUCAUUGGUUUUAUUUUCAACUUUGUAAACUUCAACUCCAAGUGUUUAAUGUAGCAUUUAAAAUAUUUGUUAUCCUUCAGUAUUUAAGACC